UUUCUCUCUCCCUUCUGAAACGAUGAGGAUGCCCAGAUGGACUUCACAAAGAGCACAGAGGACCCGCACGGCGUCCAGGCGCUCCUCGCGACACUGAGGCGGCAGCAGGAGAGGCCGCCUGCUCCUUCGCACCCCGUAGAGCCUUUUCCCAGCAACGAGGCGAGCAAGAAGCGCGAUGGGCCAGCGGCGCAGGAGCACGACGAAGAUAGCGUGGCUUCAGCAAAGCGACAGAGAACUGCCUCUUCAGGUAGUGACAACCUGCGUCAUGUCUCCUUAGCGCAGGCGCUCCCACACCUCGCUCGUCUAUCAAAGGACGAGAGCUUCCUGGCUGCGCUGCUCAAACUCAAGGCCGAUCAGGACUCUGUUGAAGAGAAGCUGGCAUCGCAUCGGGAAGAGAUGCUCAAGAGGAGACCAGCACCAACAAGGAACCAGCUCAGAGAGUGGGAUCUCAAGGCGUUAAACCGGUGGGACGAGGUCUAUACUGAGCAGCAGCAAAGACUGGAGAGGUUGGGCGUACCAGGCUUCUACGUCACAAAGGACCAGGGGCAACGCAAGAAGCAAGAGCGGGUGUUUCAGAUUCUUGCUGGCUUGCUGGAGUGAAAAGUCGUGUUGCCAACAUCAUGUAUCUAUACCAGCUCCUCUCAUUGUAAAAAUUGUCUCGCCUCC